GAGUCCUCAUUUCAUCCGAACCUGUGCUGCACACACCAGGCAAUAUCUGCUCCAGACUGCACAAGACGACUACAAGUCCCUACCAAGAUGCAGAGGUGCUUUGUGUUUUUUUGCGUGUCGCUCAUCUUUUGCGCAACUGUGUCCGAGACUGUCGGGCUGGUCAUAGCGGCAAAGGAGAAGCGUGGCUGGACUUUGAACAGUGCUGGCUACCUGUUGGGUCCCCGUCGUAUUGAUCACCUAAUUCAGAUAAAGGAUUCUCCCAGUGCCAGAGGCAGAGACGAGCUGGUCACUCAAUAUGGAAUAGAUGGACACAGGACACUAGGAGACAAGCCGGGUCUGGCUGGCAAGAGGGACAUGGAGGAGGACUUCAGAACAGGUGCCCUGAGAAUAGCAGAUGAAGACAUCAUCCACACUGUCAUUGACUUCUUGUCGUACCUCAAACUUAAAGAAAUUGGAGCCUUGGACAGCCUGCCUCCCUCUGGCACAUCAGAUGAACUGGCCAAUCCCUAAUGUGUCCGUCUCUCUCCUGUUUCACCUCCUUCUACUAAGUGUUUUUACUGUCUGGGCUCCCACUUCUCUGAAUGUCACAUUAUUGUAGCUCCAAUCACACUCUUAUUGGCAGACGUGCCCUGGUACCAAUGACCAGACUGUAAUUGACUGCCUCCCAGUACAAAUAUCAGAUCUUUCCUGGUCCUGUGUAAAUAGAAGUUUAUAUAGACAUGGAUGUACUGAAAGUAAUACUGACUAUUGUUUAGAAACCAACUCUUUAUUUUAAACGUACUAUAAUAUUACCUGAUUUCAAAGAAUGGAGUGAAAUAAACAAAUGGCACUAGA